AACAAACAUUUGCGGUUUGAAAAUUUAAAGAACUAAAGCAAUCAAAUAUCGGCUAUACUAAUUUAUUUCUUUAAUGUGAGUGCAACUGUACAUAUUUGGGAUAUUGAAAAUGAACUCCCAACAGUUAAAAGCACUAAAUUUGGCUUCUAAAGGUCACAAUUUGUUAAUGUUGGGAUCCGCUGGCACUGGAAAAUCGUAUGUUGUGUCCGAACUCGCAAACCUUUUACACAGCAAAGGCUCCUGUGUUCAGGUGGCAUGUUCCACCGGGAUUGCCUGUGCAGUAUACGGUAGUGGAAGGCCCUAUGGUAUAAACACAGUUCACAAGUUCUUCGGUCUGUAAGACAGGCGACAUGAGCCUGAAGAAAUUGAGAACAUUGUACGUUUUAAUCCGAAAUUUCAAACAGUACUUGAAAACUUGACAAAAAUAGACUGUGUAAUAAUAGACGAGUGUUCAAUGAUUAGCAGGAAGACUUUUGAUACCAUAUACAAUGUGUGUAAAAUAAAAAAUCCCAAUUUACCAUUUGGUGGCAUUCAAAUUGUUUUAUGUGGUGAUUUUUAUCAACUUCCACCAGUGGUAAAUCUUAAAUACAAUGACACUGGUGAAUACUGUUUCCAUUGCAAUUUCUUUGAUGAUGUGUUCAGGCACAGGAUAGUUCUUGAUCAGAAUAUGCGAACAAAAUCAGGCGAGAUAUUUCUAACUUCUACAGUUCAGAGUGUGUUUGAAGGAAAUUGUAGUGACGAAGUAAAUGCAUUUUUGAACUCGUUAUCAAGGCCUCUGUCUUCAAGAAGAUCAGCACUAAGCACAAAGCUUUUUGCCACCAAUGCAUUAGUCGAUGACUAUAACCGAACUGCGAUGAUGAAACAUCCAGGUGAUUUAUUUGAGUUUUUUGCAAAAGAUCAGGGACAUGCAAAAGACUUGGAGAGAAUAGGUGCACCCAAAAUGCUGUGGAUGAAAAACGGAUGUCCUGUUCAGUUAAUUCACACAUUGAGUGAAAAACUUGUAAAUGGUGUAACAGGCAUAGUGCAAGCAUUAACUGCUGAAAAGGUUGUGGUAGAGUUUCCCUCUGUAAACAUCACCAGAGAAAUUCCUAAAAUUUCAUUCACAGUGUUCAAUCCAAAGGAUAAUAGAGUUACUGCCGAACGAGAGCAAUUCCCUUUAAAACCUGCAUUUGCGUUGACAAUUCACAAGUCACAGGGAAUGACAUUGGAGAAUGUUGAAAUCGACUGUUGCUCCAUAUUUCAACCUGGGCAGUUAGGCGUGGCAAUUUCUAGAGUGAGAAGUGUAGAAGGGUUGCGUGUUGUCAACUUCCAUCCGCGUUACUUGCUGAAGCCUACAAAAGAAGUAACAGACAUCAUGAAUGGUGCAGGGUUCGAACCACAAGAAGACCUGUCAUGCUGUAGGAAGACGAAAACAUUGAGUAAUAUAAAAUGUCAUAUUUAAAAAAAAAUAAAAAAUACAUGUAUAGUAUGAAUUUUACAA